AAACCUCAUCCCCGGCAAUAACACCUAUUUCCAAUUGGGCGUUCAUUUAGACCCUCAAAGUUAAGCUUUACCGUAUGUUUGCUUCAAGGAGUACUGUUGGAGCUAUUACACCGACUUCAUGUACGAACUGCACUUAGAAUGUGUACUUAUAUGAUCACUACAAUUCAUUACCGUGGCUGUCCUCAAUCAUGCAAUAUUACGAGAUCAGGCCUACUUCGAUGCGCCUCUGCGGGCUCGUCAGGUAUCAGAUGUGCGAAUCCUAAAACGAAUUACGGAGGCCAAACUACUUCUCGAAUCCAGUGCCCCAGACAUAGAGAUGAGGGAUACCACCAAAAUUGAAGCCUUCUCUAGGAAUAUAUUGGGAUUUGAAAACUUAUUAGGCUGAUAUUUGGACAUAUCUUUUUACAUAUCUUAGCGUAAAGAACUUACAUUACGUCCCUGC